ACAAGAGCCAUCGUGAACGACACCACAGUAUACAGCCAAGCAGCGAUGUCGUCCUCCCCGCGCCACUCUCCGCCACCAAGCGCAGCCGCUCCUCGGCCCAAGGGGAUCCUCAAGAAUUCCAGCGCCGACCCUCAGUUGGCUGAUCAGCGCCGACCGUCGGCGCUGUCUGCAGAUGCAGUCGAUGAGCAUGGCAAUCGCCUCGCUUGGGACGAGACGAACUUGACGCUGCACGAGAUUGAACGCGAGAAUCAGGCGGCCCGCAUGAAAAUUGACGAGCCAAAGACGCCCUUUGUGCGAAGCGCCAGUCUAGGUCCCAUGGACGAGGACUCGAUGGGAUUCAAUCUCGAUGGACAACAGCAGCAGCAGCCACCCAACUACUUUCCCCCGACGAACGCGUCCGGAUCAGGCGCCUCGACGGGCGAGCCGAGCGCUUCAGGAAGCGGUCCCUCCUCGCGCCGCUCGUCGGCUGCUGAGCAGCUCGCUGCCAAUACGAUAGCCAAUGCAGGCCGACGGCCUUCAGCAGGGAGCAUCGGCAGCAGCGGACACGCGAGCGCAGACGGUGGUGCCGCUGUAGCGCCCGCCAUGGGCCUGGACAGCGUCGAUAUGGCCGCAGCUGUCCCGUCUGCACUCAAGAGUGGAUCGAGAAGAGCGGACAGCCGGAGCCCGAGCUUCACGCUGCCCCCUGGAGGAAGCAGGAGGAGCUCGAGCGCGGCUAACAUCGGCGACAGGUCUAGAGAAGGGGUGAGGCAGGAGAUGAAGGACCGCGACGAUGCCAUGCAGGGCAUCGAGGGAGAGGCCGCCCUCGACGACGACGACGAGAAUCUCGAUCCAGAGGCCAAAGCAAAGCAAGACGAGUUCAACCGAAAACGCAAUGCGCACUAUGGAAACGAGGCAGAGGCGUUAGUUGACGGUCGUUAAGACCUGCAGCAAUUUAACUUUGGAAACUGACGACGUGGUAUGUGUUCCUCAACAGAAUGAAGAUUGCAGCCGCCCUAGCAGCGCAAGAGGACGAUGAGGACGACGAAGACGAUGAGGAAGAGGCCCGAAGCAUCCCGCCCGUUCCUC